CUCCAUUUUGGACCAAAAACUGGAUCUACACGCAUGAAGUCUUCUUUGGACAAUGUAGAACACCGGCGCAAGCGUCCUGGACUAAGAAAGCCGUCUUUCCUGGUCCCACUUGUCGAUCUCAGCUUCGUUGUCACGUGGGGAUGACUAAUGAAGGAGAUGGCCCGCCGACAUGCGUUUGUCAUCUGUGUUUGACUCUUUAAUUUCUCAGCAACAACCAUGGAGCGUACGCUUCUGCCGCUUUUCAAGGGCGUCAGUGUCAUUUUCGCGGUAUCUGCCAUCGGUACCGGGAUACAUGCUCUUGUGGAUCCUGUUGGAUUCUCGAGGUUUUUCGGAAUGCCAUUGGCUUCGCCCAUUGUCGACAACAACAAAGCGGUCCGGUCCAGCACAGCGACAAUACGCAAUGACCAAUACAGCGUCGCAAGAGAUUAUAUAUCGCUCAUGGGAAUCCGGCAGCUUGCCACGGGAGUCGUCCUUCUGAUCUUCGCGUACCAAGGGAAAUGGACAGAAAUGGCUACCAUCCUAUGUACCAUUGGCAUCCUCGUUGCCGGCACGGACGGAGUCUACCUCUCGAGAAGCGGUGCCAAGGACCUCGGACGGCUUCAUGCUAUUCCCGGAGCACUCAUUGCCGCGCUUGCUGGACUGCUCAUAUACGCAGACUUUUGAUUUAGGGUUAGGAACAUGCUGCGAAUGCACGAGACUUGCAACAUGGCUCCGCGGCUGUACGUCGACGCCACAGAACGAGGC